GGAAGGGAAGGCCGCCGUCGAAGCGAGAGAGGAGGCGAAGAUGCUGAACAUGUGGAAAAUGCGCGAGCUGGUGGACAAGGCCACAAAUGUGGUUAUGAAUUAUUCAGAGGUAGAGUCUAAGGUUCGAGAAGCAACCAAUGAUGAUCCGUGGGGACCUUCAGGGCAGCUAAUGGCAGAGAUCGCCAAGUCUACAUUUAUGUAUGAACAGUUUCCUGAAGUUAUGAACAUGCUUUGGACUCGUAUGCUAAAAGACAAUAAAAAGAAUUGGAGGCGGGUUUAUAAGUCUCUGCUUCUUUUGGCUUACCUCAUAAGAAAUGGGUCAGAACGAGUAGUUACCAGCGCCAGAGAACACAUCUACGAUUUGCGGUCGAUGGAGAACUACCAUUUCGUAGAUGAAAAUGGCAAGGACCAAGGAAUAAACGUGAGACAGAAGGUGAAAGAAUUGGUGGAUUUUAUACAGGAUGAUGAUCGGCUACGGGAAGAACGGAAGAAAGCCAAGAAAAACAAAGACAAAUACAUUGGAAUGUCUUCAGACAGUAUGGGAAACUUUAGAUAUAGUGAUAGGUAUGAUUCUGAGCCAAAGUCCAGGUGGGAUGAUGACUGGGACAAAGGCAAUAGAGGAGUUUUCCCAUUCAGUGAAAAGUUAGGGGAGAUCAGUGAUAAAAUUGGGACCACAAUCGAUGACACAAUCAACAAGUUUAGGAAGAAAGAUAAAGAUGAUUCUCCGGAAAGUGAUAGUGAAGAGGAGAGAAGGCCCAGAAACAAUGGCAAGAUUGGAAAGUCUGAGUACAAAGAUGAAGAGGAGACAGUAACCACCAAAUCAAUCCACAUCACGCAAGCUUCAGAGACCACUACCACCCGGCAUAAACGUUCUGGCAUACCUUCCAAAACAGUUGAUCUUGGCGCUGCAGCCCAUUACACAGGAGACAAUACAAGUCAGGAAUUAAACUCUGCUACAAAGGUUUCUGCACAGAGUGCUGUUAAGAGCAAUUCGAAGAAUGACCUGGUAGACCUACUCUUUGACACAGGAUUUGAAUCCAGUCAGAUUGCUUCCACAGGUGGGACAUCAGAACAGUUUGGAGGGUUUGCAGCUUUCACCUCAGCAGGUACAGCACAAAGCAGUUUCCCUUUGGCAUCAGGCACACCAACAAGUGGGAAUUCUGAUUUUGGUGACUGGAGUACCUUCAGUCAAGCCCAAUCCAACCAGCCUGUCAUGUCAAGUGGAGGGGACCUCUACAACACUAUGCAGCCUGUCCAAGCUCCUGCUGCUGUACCUGCCACCGAUCUGUUUGAUCUAAUGCCUGGUUUUCAGUCGACCAUGACCUCAUCCCAGAGCAUGAACUUUGCUAUGUCAGCUUCCAACACCAUUUCUAACACUGGUACCAGUAUGUCCUUAUCCAGAUCCCAGCCUUUGCCGAUGUUGUCCACACCUUUGUCAAGGCCUACUGCUGGUGCUGUACCUACACAGAAUAUGCAAGACAACCAGAAAGCAGCCAAGCCAUCCUUGCCUUCAACUUGGUCAGACCCAAGUGUUAACAUCAGUCUAGACUUUCUGACACCUGGCAUGCAACCUCCCAAGCCCCAGCAACCAUCACUUAACACCAUGAUGCAGCAACAAGGCACACAGCAACCAGUGAACCUUGUGGCUCAAAGCUUCUCAGCCGUGUCCAUUAACUCACCAACCAGCAUGGUGCCUCCACGACUUCCAGGAACAACAUCUUUGACUGGCAGUGUGCCAGUUGGCAUGGGGAUGCCAAACAUGAUGGGGACUAAUGCCAUAGGGAUGAAUCCUAUGGGCAUGCCUCAGAAUAGUGUGAUGAACCAAGGAAUGAUGGGAAUGAACAUGGGAAUGGCUCCAACUGGCAUGGCCAUAACAGGUUCCAUGGGGAUGGGUGUUCCUGCCAUGGGUCUCAAUGCUAACAUGACACCUGCAAUGGUGCAAUCCAAGCAAGAUGCCUUUGUCAAUUUUGCCAACUUUAGUAAAUGAGAAGGCUGGAAAGACUCCAUUAAUUUAGAUGAAGGUGUGAAGGCUGCACAAAAUAGUACUUGAAACACAUGAAGAUAGGUUGUCUUAAAUUUUUAUAGCUAUAAGAACAAGUUUUGUGAAGAAUAUGGCAUAUUUUGUAUUGAGGAGCGAUCUGGUAAUUGGCAAGAUCUGUGCUAUUGAAUGUGUAUGUCUGUUUCCUAACAGAGGUUCUUCAAGUAAAAUCCUUUACAUUGGCAUCUUGUUUGUGAGAUACACCUGAAAGCCUUUUUAAAUAUUGAUAAAUUUUAACUCUUACUGAAAUCACAGGACAGGGAGGAUUACAUGGGUUGGGAGAAACACUUCAUAUCAAAAAUAAUUUUUGUACCUAUUGUAAUGGCCUUUAAGUCAGAAUCCCAAGAAAAUAAUUAAAAUCCAGAAUAUAAUCAUUAAAAAUUUUGUUGGUUCUUUACCUCUUUACCUGGACACAAUCAGUCUCCAGCAAUGUGAUAAUCAGUUUGUGUAUAUAAUCCUUUAUCUAACAAAUGAAUGCAAGACUAUUAAAAGGACUUCAAGGUACCAAAAAAAACCCGAUUACUGGAAUGUAAAUAGUUUGACAUAUUCCAGUUUCAAUAGAGAAAUCUUAUCAUGAAAAUGUCUUUAUUAUUAAUAAUAAAUGGUAGUAAUUGUAGCUUUUAUUCUUUCCCUCAAUUUUCUCAUUCUUUUAAUAUCUUUAGUCUGCUGAAAUGCAAAUAUCAGCUUUUUUUCCCUGGUCAGCAGUGGGGCUUUGUGAUUUGAGGUAAAGGGAAGGGUAUCUCAUCUGUGAAUGGACAGGUCACCAGUUACCUUAAUCUGAAUAUUUUGUACAUGCAAACCACCAUACAUGGUCAGGUAUGGCCUCUUCUUCUUUCCUCCCCCAAGCUGAACAAACUGUCUGUGUGCAAUAUUCAAGACAUUCCUCUGCUCUCUUCAGAAAUAAGCAUUCAUGCUAAACUUACUCUGAUUUUGAAGGUUGUGCGGGUGAAAAGAUUUCCAUUUCUUCCAAAAAUAUGUAUGCUGUCAUUUCUGGUUUUUGAACAUUUUUUGCCUUGAUGACUGGUGAAUCCUGACAGUGUUCUGUAAUGUUAAAGCCAUGUUAUCUGCUUGUUGGAUGGAAACUUCACUAAGAGACAUUUGCAGUCAAGCCCUGUUAGUGAUUUUCUUUGCAACAAGCCAGAGGGGGAAAAAUGUGUUUCAAUUGUACUCAUGACCUGUUCUGUAUUACAGCAAACUAUUCAUUAAAAUCUGUUAUUAAAACCAA